AUGUUCGAUAGUCAAAAAAUUCGCCGCCAAAUCGGAAUCCAGAAGAAGAAACUCGCCCGACACAUCGAGGUAUUCAAGCAGAUUCUCCGCGACAACAACAUCCCAGAAAAGGAGGUCGGUUUUCAACAGUUCAGUGAUGAAGAAAUCACAGAAUUUCAAGAAGAAAUCAUCGAUGCAAGAAACAAAUUGCUGAAAGCGUAUUCACUGAUUGAACGACUCCAUACGGAAUGGUCCAGCGCACAAGAAGCCGAUCCAAAUGAACGUCUGGUAUUCACCCAAUACUUGGAAAAAUAUGGAGACUAUACGAAGACCAUCCAAGAAGCAGUAAGUACUCUCGAAAAUUCUGACGAGCUUCUUAACCAUCUUGAUACGGAAUUCGCCAAACGUCAGUUGCCGAUUCAAAUGACACAACCUCACAACUAUGAAGGGACUCCACAACAACUACUUCAUGUUCAACAACUAUCCAGCAAGCAGCAGCGUCAAGAAACAACAUCAACAACGAACUUCGUAGAUGCAUCAAUUCUGAGCAGACUCGAUCUACCAUCCUUCGACGGUAACCUGUUGGAAUAUCCAGAAUUUUUUGCACGCUAUUCGACAUUAAUCGGCGACAAGAAAGAACUUGAUGACACAACUAAGUUCUCUCUAUUGAAAUCAUGCUUGCGAGGACGAGCACUGCACUCAAUCCAGGGACUCGCUCUGACGGCAACAAACUAUCAAAUCGCUCUCGACAUUCUGAAGACCAGGUUCGAUGACAAGGUAACUACACGACACAUCUUAUUCAGUCAACUCGCCAAUUUACCUCCAUGUGAUCCAGAAGGCAAAAAUCUCCAAUCACUCUACAAUAAGAUGUUCGCCUUAACCAGACAAUUCUGUUCAUACGAAGACGACUCCAAAGAAAUCGCACUUGGCGCCAUCCUCAUCAAUAAACUUCCGCGUCACAUAAGGAGCAGAAUCUACGACGCAACAGGAAACUCCCACAACCUCACACCAACGGAGCUGUUACACAUACUGACGUCAAUCGUUCAUAAGGAGGCUACUCUGCAAGAAAUAGAAUUCCACUGCAAGAGCUUCCAACAUCCCCACGAAGAUGCGUAUGCCAGUCUGCACAGAAGUCAGAAGAAAAACUUCCGAGAGAGCCCUCGUUUUCGACGCGAGCCUACACAUACGAGAAGACUUCAGCCAACAAACUCGACGUCCAACAAGCUCAGAUGUACCUUUUGUGAGUCAAAUCAACAUUCAACUUUCUAUUGCACCAAGUUUCCUACCCCACAACUUCGUGCUCAAAUCACUAGAGAUAAGAAACUUUGCUUCAAUUGUCUCUCCAGCAAACACCGCACGAAGGAGUGUCCGUCGAAAAAAUUUUGCCAGACGUGUGCGCGACGUCAUCAUACGACGCUAUGUUUCCAAACAUCCGCGAAACAACAGGAUCAAAGGAAAUACCGUCAUGAUUCAUUGGAAGCAGCACCAUCAAAUGUAAAACACAAGGAAGUACGAAACCAGCAGGUACACUUCGUUUCCAGUGCUGUACCUUCGACUACUCAACAAGAAAACAAUACCAUCGCGAACGAAGUAACUGCCUCAACCAACUCUUCUGACGUUUUGCUGACACCGCCAUCUACACCCGUUCUACUGAUGUGCACUGAAGUAGAAGUCUUCAAUCCCAAGAAUCCGGAACAAGUCGUCAAGACGACUGCCUUUCUCGAUAGUGGAUCCAGUAGAAGUUACAUCACAACAGAUCUCGCGAACAGGCUCGCACUUCCCAUCGAGGAAACAGAAGAACUCUCCAUGUUCACAUUUGGAACAGUGAAACCAGUCUCUCUGUCUGCGACUCAUCACGCCAUAGGACUUCAAACGCUCAAAGGAGCCCAGAUUCUCUUUGUCAAAGCCAUUCAACACUUGACAAACGAUUUAAAAAUAGUCACGUUUACAGAAGAACUCGAAAAAAUGGCCACUUUCGCUGCUGAAUCAAAGAAGCCAUCUAUACUCAUCGGCGCGGACUACUUCUGGAACAUCAUCCUGUCGGACGAUUUCUACGUGAAAAACUUACCAAGCGAUGCUUCGAAAGCUGGAUACUGUGCCGUAGCUUACCUCGUAGAAAUCAAUGAGACUCGAUCAUCUACAAUCCUGAUGUCAAAGACUCGACUGGCACCACUAAAAUCCCUCCUAACAAUACCUCGACUCGAGCUAUCCGCCAUCAAUCUAGGAUCAAUGCUCUUGAAACAUAUACUCGCCAACCUCGACAUUCCGAUUGACAAAACCUUCAUAUGGUCCGACAGCAAUGUGGCAUUGAUGUGGAUCAAGAGCAGAGCAACCCUACCUGUAUUCAUACGGAAUCGAAUCAAUAGCAUAAGAAUGAACGCUCCUGACGCUAUCUUACGAUUUACUCCUGGUAACAGCAAUCCCGCCGACGCUGGUAGCAGAGGAGUCUCCAUAGGACAGCUCGUUUCAGAUGAUACCUGGUGGAAAGGACCACACUUCCUCACAAAAACAGAAGAUCACUGGCCGGCUGACAUUUCUUCCGAACAGAACCAGGUCUCCUGCCAUGUCGACGAAGUCCACACGGCUCCGCCACCGACGAAUACACUAUUCCAACCCGAGCGAUUCAGCAGCUGGUUACGUUUACUUCGAGUGGUUUACACCAUUCUUCUUUUCAUCGUCAAAAAAUCGAACAAGGCUAAACAACAGUUUGGAGAAUCAAGUUCACAACUUCAUGAAAAGGCCGAAGCAAUCACGGAACAGCUGAACCUCUACUUCUGUAAAGAAACAAAACUAUGGAAGUCUCGAGGAAGAGUGGAGAAUGCCGAUCUCCCAAAAGAAGCGAUUAGCCCCGUAUAUCUGCCGCGAGAAAGCCAUAUAACUAGCCUGUAUGUUCUCCAUGUUCACGUUACCAAUAACCACUGCGGAGUCAACCAUAUACUAACCGAACUUCGUCAAAAGGUAUGGAUAACAAAAGGAAGGCAUACUAUAAAGCGAGUGCUCAACAAACUCUGCUAUCACUGCAAACGCUAUACGGCUCAACCAUUCAAGCUUCCGGAAUUCCCGCCGCAUCCAGCAAAACGUGUUCGACGUCCCAAUUAUCCCUUUGAAAGCGUAGGGAUGGAUUACGCAGGACCACUUCUAUGCAAAUCCGACGAAAACAUACCAGCGAAGUAUUGGAUAAUACUUCUAACAUGCCUGAAUACAAGAGCAAUUUACGUCGAUCUUGUUUCCGAUAUGUCCGCGAAGAAGUUGCUACACACACUCAGAAGAUUCUUCGCAACUGUCGCAUACCCGAAGUGGAUUCUGUGCGACAACUCGCAAACGUUCAAGUCAAUCGCGGAUCUACAAUCUUCCUUUACGACUAAAGAAGAAAGAGGCCUGGACAUAAUCGACUACUGCGCACAGAGGAAAAUCGAAUUCAAAUUCAUUCCCAGCUUCAGCCCAUGGCAGGACAAAAACCUAGAAAGAGGACAAUGGCAGAUCGGUCAAAUAAUAUCGUCAUCCGAUAACUACCAACGUUCGGCAAACGUCAAGCUACCUUCCAAAAGAAUCAUCACAAGACCAAUUAACCUGCUUUGCAAAAUGGAAAUUUGCGAUACAAAAGAAACAACACCCGAAGAAGCCUCGCCACCAACUCCACCACGUGGACACCCAAUGAUGACAAGAUCGAAGACGCUCGCUAAAAAUGCUGGAACACUCCUCUCUCUAGCGAUUGUCGUCACAUUAUGUUCAACGACGAACGCAUCCACAAGGUGUCCGUCCGAGCUCAACAUUCCAAAGAAGAUCAUAUAUGCAACCAAUUGUGUAAAUCAAGGAGUAGCACUUGCUACAUAUCAAUCAAGCGAAGGGACUAAAGUAUGCUGGUUCCCAAUUUCAUGUCCUACCGGACACAUUCGAGUGUCGAUUCCAUUGCUUCAGAAUCAAGCCCUUUGUGGCCCAGAAUGUACAUGUCCUUCAUGGGCAACUUCAUGCUCCUUCACCACAACUUCAAAGAGAAACUCUUCAAAUCUUUCCAACGUUCCGUUCGACAUCUCAUCCUAUGUUCCGGACAAGGCAUGGGGAGUAACAACCAAAGAAUACUACGGGCAUCUUGCACCUAUGACUUCUGAAAUGAAAAUCUCAGCAAUCUGUGUCAAAGGAGGAGCACAAAUAACCUCAACCGUACCUAUGGAUGCACUGGAAGCAUGCAUUGCAAAUUAUUGCCUCUUUAUCACGAAUUCAACAAAUUCGCCAGCCAUGUUCCCUACUGCUCUCAUUGCAUUCGAUUACGAAGUACAUAUCUCAGCAUGGUCAAAGGGAAAACUCAUUCACCGUCAACAGCUCUUCUGUCAAGCUCAAGCUAUCUGCGAAAUGAUACAGUGUACAGUUUGCUGGGAAUCCAUCUACAAUCUUCACUGCUGGACGAAAAUUCAAUUAGUCAUAGCAGGACUUAUCACUAUCAUCGCCUUCAUCGGACUUACCUUACUAUCACCCUUGUUACACCUCUUUGCCCUCUUAGUCGACAUCAUGUUUCGCAUGUGCAGAUUUGCUGUCAGACGACUUCGCCCCUGCCCGACACGACAGAAAAGACCAUCAGGAUUCCGACAAUAUACUGGCUAUCGACGGAAACUUUUGAUCGCAAUCAUCAUCUUCGGAUUGCAGUCAAGUACACCAUGCUCAGAUUUCAUCUCAUUCACCGCUUCGGAAGAGAUGUGCGUCAGUUCCGAAACAAAUCAGACAUGCACGUACAACCAGGCUACAAUCAUGACUCUCCAACCUCUUGAUCAGGAAACAUGUCUGAUCCUCAAAGACAACGAACGACAAAUCAGUUGGCCUCCUUACCAUCAGGAUCAAGGACAUCUACUACACAUGUCAAAAAAGAACAGAGUUCUACACGCGUGA